GGGAAUUUCAGUAAUGACCAAUACACCUCAUUAUUCCUUUUAUUAUUGAUUUCCGCCGCGAAUACGCACCCACACUUCACCGCAUACCACUCCAUCACCUAAAUCGGCUUGUUGCAUUGCUCAAGGCGCUAUAAGACUACAUUAUACGUGAGCCUCUGCGGGGGUGGCGGGGAAACACGUAGUUUCUAAGUCAAGGGGUCACUCCGAACGAGCGGAAUAAACUACAUUUCCCAUAAGGCAAGCCCUGACGCUCGCCAAUGGGAUCGCACGUCGGUACUGACGUUUGAGCCCCGCCCCGCCCCGCUCCUCUGCCUGGCGACCAGAGAUGGCAGUGACGGCGCCCAGGUGGGACGGGACAGUCCGGUGGCUGGUGUGCGGCCUCGGUCUGGUCCUCUCGGUCUAUGCCUACCACGUGGAGACGUCCAAGGAGCGGGACGCAGCAUAUCGGGCUAUGUGCGACCUCAGCGAGUCCAUCAGCUGCUCCAAAGUCUUCACCUCCCGGUGGGGCCGAGGUUUCGGACUGCUGGGCACAUUCCUCGGCCAGGACAGCAUUCUCAACCAACCCAACAGCGUGUACGGCCUCCUGUUCUACUUACUGCAGCUUCUCCUAAGUCUGACCGGGAGUGCAGUGGCUGCUGUGGUCCUUCUGCUCACCUCCCUGCUCUCGCUGGCCGGCUCCCUCUACUUGGCCUACAUCCUGGUCUUUGUUCUGCGUGACCUCUGCCUGGUAUGCGUCACCACCUAUGUUCUCAACCUGCUUCUCUUCGCCCUCAACUAUCGUCGGCUGAUCCGCCUGGAUGCCGGCUGGCGGCAGGACAAGGGCAAAUUGGAGUGAAGGGGUGGUAGGGGAGGGAAUGGGCAUCUGGACCAAAUGUGGUUGGUGGAACAAUUGCAACAGGGCAGCCAUUUUGAGGGUGAGAGAGGGAGUGGUGUGACGUGGAAUUCCCCAGAACGUACCAGGUAAAUAUCCCAUCCCCUCCCCCCACCCUCCUCCUUCCCACCCC